AUGGCGGCACAUGAAGGAGAUGCUAACCCAAGAAUAAACGCUGAUAUAUCAUAUGAUGAAUUUUUUAUGGGAGUUGCUUGUUUGUCAGCAAAAAGGAGUAAGGAUCAACAGCGGAAAGUUGGCGCAUGCAUCGUCAAUGAGGAUAAAAGAAUAGUUUCGACUGGGUACAAUGGGUUUACUGACAGAAUUAGGAAUAAUGACGAAGCAUUCAGCUGGUCCGAAGAUAAGAAAAAUCUUUAUGUCUGUCAUGCUGAAAUGAAUGCUGUCGCCAAUAGACAUGGAACCAGUUUAAAGAAUUGUACUCUUUACGUUACUCUUUUCCCUUGUAACGAAUGUACCAAACUGCUGUUACAGUCAGGGAUCAAAAGGAUAAUUUAUUAUGCCGAUGACAAGCUUCAGGCUGAAAAAGAAAAAUACGGACAACGCACGGAUAGGGUGGAAAUAGAAGGAAAAUACUUGGCGUCGGAAAAUAUGCUGAAAGAAUCAGGGGUUGAAAUUCUACACUAUGAGGAACUGAAAGGGACAGACGGAAAACCACUGAAUCCAGCGAAAAAAAUCAUGCUUAAUUUUGACGAGAUUGCUUCUCAAAAAUAA